AUGACAGACACCUUUGACAUUCUCAAUUGUUCAAAGAACCUCACUCUGAUGAGUGCAUCUGUGCUAUCAAGUCUUUGUUGGCUGGAUCUCACAUGCAAUGGAACUGAAACUCUCUCUGUAUUCAGUCUACUCGGCAGUCAGCACUUAGUUCUCAGUACUCGGUACUCGAUACUUGGUGUCUGGGUCACCAUCCCCAACCCUCAGUACUCGGUAUUCAGUUCUCGGUAUUCGACACCCGGGUUGCAGUUCACCAUCCCCAAUCCUCGGUACUCAGUUCUCAGUUCUUGGUCCUCGAUACUCGGGUCAUGGUUCACCAUCCCCGAUCCUUGGUACUCAGUUCUCGGUGCCAGGUUUGCCAUCCCCAAACCUGAGCACUCGGUCUUCAGUUCUCGGUACUCAAUACUUGAUUUGUGGUUCGCCACCCUAGAUCCUUGGUACUUGGUACUCAGUUCUUGGUACUCAACCCUCGGUACUUGA